GUUCGUCCCUCGUGCACCGAUCACUUCUAAACUGCUUUGCUUCAAAGCGACCUUCCGGAGCCCCCUUCCCUUGCCUUCCUCGCUGCCCCUACCCGAACCAGAGCGAGCUGAGCUGCGAGCUCGCUAGCCCAGACCUACUUACGCAGGCAUUCUACCGACUCCUAGGGACGGCGACGGAACCCGGCACUCCGCAGCAAUGGCAGAAAAGGCAGACAUUGCGUUGAUUGGCCUGGCGGUCAUGGGCCAGAACCUUAUCCUUAACAUGAAUGACCAUGGAUUUGUUGUCUGUGCCUACAACCGUACGACUGAGAAGGUGGAUCAAUUCUUAGCCAAUGAAGCCAAGGGAACUAAAGUUGUUGGAGCCCACAGCCUGGAGGAAAUGGUGGCGAAGCUCAAGAAACCUCGCCGAGUUAUGAUGCUUGUCAAAGCCGGCUCUGCUGUUGAUGACUUCAUUGCAAAACUAGAGCCCCUUUUGGAGCCUGGUGACAUUAUUAUUGAUGGCGGCAACUCUGAAUACCAAGACACCCAAAGACGCACCAAGGACCUCAAGAGCAGAGGUUUAUUGUUUGUCGGUUCUGGUGUUUCUGGUGGAGAAGACGGAGCCCGCUAUGGACCAUCUCUCAUGCCUGGUGGUAACCCUGAGGCUUGGCCCUACAUCAAGGAUAUCUUCCAGUCCAUUUCAGCCAAGGUUGGCAACGACCCUUGCUGUGAUUGGGUUGGAGAGGAUGGUGCUGGUCACUUUGUUAAGAUGGUUCACAAUGGUAUUGAAUAUGGUGAUAUGCAGCUCAUCUGUGAGGCUUACCAUCUGAUGAAAAGUGCUUUGGGUCUGUCACCAGAUGAAAUGAGCCGUGUUUUUGAGGACUGGAACAAAGGAGAAUUGGACUCUUUCCUCAUUGAAAUCACCAAGGAUAUUCUAAAAUUCAAGGAUAAUGACGGGCUUCCUCUUGUUGAAAAGAUUCGUGACUCUGCUGGUCAGAAGGGCACUGGAAAGUGGACUGCCAUCUCCGCUCUGGAUUAUGGUCAGCCCGUUACCUUGAUUGGUGAAUCAGUGUUUGCUCGUUGUCUGUCCUCCCUCACUGAGGAGCGAUCUCAGGCAAGCAAGGUACUCAAAGGUCCUCAGAACACUCAGUAUACUGGAGAUAAGAAGCAGUUUUUAGAACACAUCAGACAGGCACUGUACGCAUCGAAAAUUGUAUCGUACGCUCAGGGCUUCAUGCUGUUGCGUGAAGCUGCCAAGGUUCAUGGCUGGAACUUGAACUACGGAGGCAUCGCUCUCAUGUGGCGAGGUGGUUGCAUUAUCCGGAGUGUGUUUUUGGGCAACAUCAAGCUUGCAUUUGAGAAGAACCCAAACCUUGUCAACCUGCUUCUGGACCCAUUCUUCACUCAGGCCGUUCACAAGUGCCAGGCUUCAUGGCGUACAGUAGUGGCCACAGCUGCCCAGCUUGGCAUUCCAGUCCCAUGCUUCAGCACUGCCUUGGCAUUCUUUGAUGGUUACCGUUCCGAAAGGUUGCCCGCCAACCUUAUUCAGGCACAACGUGAUUACUUUGGUGCCCAUACUUACGAACUUUUGACACGUCCUGGUCAAUUCAUCCACACCAACUGGACUGGUCAUGGAGGAAACGUUUCAGCCAGUACUUACCAAGCUUAAACAUAACAGUUUUAACUUGGAUACCCAAGGCUGUCAUAGCUCCAUCAAACUUGGAACAUUCCAUAUCCUGUUCAAAGGUGCACCCUGUAAACUAAUGUUUGGAGAAUGUUUUAAACCGAGCCCCCUUUUUGUUGCUCAUUUUAACAAUGCAUUUUUGGGUGGCUAAGAGAGACCAUGUAUUGGUAAGCCAAUCUAUGAAGUUAAUCAAACUCUAUGUCUCUUAUUACCUGUUUUAUAGUACAACAUUUGGCUGUCUAUGACUGAGCUUAGAACAAGAAACAGCAGUAUUUAUCUUUUGAAAUGACAGAGUUUAGAUGUCUCAUGUUGUUAACUUAUUUAAUUAGUUUUAUUGGCAUUGUCACUUGCACAUUCCUGUCAGGUCUGAUGUCUGUGACUUACCCGAAAGCACUUAAUUUUUCCAUGGAGUUAUUUGUCCUUGUUUCCAAUAUUGUAUAAUUUUAUUGAGUUUUAUACCUUGUUUUUAAUGUUUUCCAACUUUAAAUUAUUCUUGUUAUAUGUGAAAAUCUCUUCUGUUAAAUAGGUGAUAUAUUUUGAUAACUGUUGUUUAUUGAAGUGAUGCAAUAAAAUGUCUUUAAGGUA